GCGGCAGGAGCAGCGUUGGCACCCGCGAACCAUGGCUGGGAUUUUCUAUGUUGUCCUCUUUUCGUUUCUCGUUGGGAUUUGCGACGCUGUCACCGGUUCUAGGGUGUACCCUGCGAAUGAAGUUACUUUAUUGGAUUCCAGAUCUGUUCAAGGAGAACUUGGGUGGAUAGCGAGUCCUCUGGAAGGAGGGUGGGAGGAAGUGAGCAUUAUGGAUGAAAAAAACACACCCAUUCGAACCUACCAGGUGUGCAACGUGAUGGAACCCAGCCAGAAUAACUGGCUGAGAACUGACUGGAUCACACGGGAAGGGGCUCAGAGGGUGUACAUUGAGAUUAAGUUUACCUUGAGGGACUGUAACAGCCUUCCUGGAGUCAUGGGGACUUGCAAAGAGACAUUUAACCUGUACUACUAUGAGUCAGACAACGACAAGGAGCGUUUCAUCAGAGAGAGCCAAUUUGGCAAGAUUGACACCAUUGCAGCGGAUGAGAGCUUUACUCAAGUGGACAUUGGUGACAGAAUCAUGAAGCUGAACACUGAGAUCCGGGAUGUGGGGCCACUGAGCAAAAAGGGCUUUUACCUGGCUUUUCAGGAUGUUGGAGCCUGCAUUGCCCUGGUGUCAGUGCGUGUGUUCUACAAGAAGUGCCCUCUGACGGUUCGCAAUCUUGCCCAGUUUCCAGACACCAUCACAGGGGCUGAUACCUCUUCCCUGGUGGAAGUUCGGGGCUCCUGUGUCAACAACUCAGAGGAGAAGGAUGUGCCAAAAAUGUACUGUGGGGCAGAUGGUGAAUGGUUGGUACCAAUUGGCAACUGCCUAUGCAAUGCUGGGCAUGAAGAGCAGAAUGGAGAAUGCCAAGCUUGCAAAAUUGGAUAUUACAAGGCUCUCUCCACCGAUGCCACCUGUGCCAAGUGUCCACCCCACAGCUACUCUGUCUGGGAAGGAGCCACCUCAUGCACCUGUGACCGAGGCUUUUUCAGAGCUGACAAUGAUGCCGCCUCCAUGCCCUGCACCCGCCCACCAUCUGCCCCUCUCAACUUGAUCUCUAAUGUCAAUGAGACAUCGGUGAACUUGGAAUGGAGCAGUCCUCAGAACACGGGUGGGCGGCAGGACAUCUCCUACAACGUGGUCUGCAAGAAAUGUGGAGCCGGUGACCCUAGCAAGUGCCGACCCUGUGGAAGUGGAGUGCACUACACUCCCCAGCAGAAUGGCCUCAAGACUACCAGAGUCUCCAUCACUGAUCUCCUGGCACACACCAAUUAUACCUUUGAGAUCUGGGCAGUCAAUGGAGUGUCCAAGUACAACCCUAGCCCGGACCAGUCAGUUUCUGUCACCGUGACAACUAACCAAGCUGCACCAUCAUCCAUUGCUUUGGUCCAGGCUAAAGAAGUCACAAGAUACAGUGUGGCUCUGGCGUGGCUAGAACCAGAUCGGCCCAAUGGGGUUAUCUUAGAAUAUGAAGUCAAGUAUUAUGAGAAGGAUCAGAAUGAGAGAAGCUAUCGUAUUGUCCGGACAGCCGCCAGGAACACGGACAUCAAAGGUCUGAAUCCUCUGACUUCCUACGUUUUCCACGUGCGAGCCAGGACAGCUGCUGGCUAUGGUGACUUCAGUGAGCCCCUGGAGGUCACAACCAACACAGUGCCUUCCCGGAUCAUUGGAGAUGGAGCCAACUCCACUGUUCUUCUGGUCUCUGUCUCUGGCAGUGUGGUGCUUGUGGUCAUUCUCAUUGCAGCUUUUGUCAUCAGCAAGAGGCGGAGUAAAUAUAGUAAAGCCAAACAAGAAGCAGAUGAAGAAAAACACUUAAAUCAAGGUGUUAGAACGUACGUGGAUCCUUUUACAUAUGAAGAUCCCAACCAGGCGGUGCGAGAAUUUGCCAAAGAAAUCGAUGCCUCCUGCAUCAAGAUUGAAAAAGUCAUAGGAGUGGGUGAAUUCGGUGAGGUGUGUAGUGGGCGUCUCAAAGUCCCCGGCAAGAGAGAGAUCUGUGUAGCUAUCAAGACUCUGAAAGCCGGUUAUACUGACAAGCAGAGGAGAGACUUCCUGAGUGAAGCCAGUAUCAUGGGACAGUUUGACCACCCAAACAUUAUUCACUUGGAAGGCGUUGUCACCAAAUGUAAACCAGUAAUGAUCAUCACGGAGUACAUGGAGAAUGGCUCCUUAGAUGCUUUCCUCAGGAAGAAUGAUGGCAGAUUUACAGUCAUCCAACUGGUGGGCAUGCUUCGUGGCAUUGGGUCAGGGAUGAAGUAUCUAUCUGACAUGAGCUACGUACAUCGUGAUUUGGCUGCUCGCAACAUCCUGGUAAACAGCAAUUUGGUCUGCAAAGUGUCUGAUUUUGGUAUGUCCCGAGUACUGGAAGAUGACCCAGAAGCAGCUUAUACCACUAGGGGCGGCAAGAUUCCUAUCCGGUGGACUGCGCCAGAAGCAAUUGCCUAUCGUAAAUUCACAUCAGCGAGUGAUGUGUGGAGCUACGGAAUCGUUAUGUGGGAAGUGAUGUCAUAUGGAGAGAGACCCUACUGGGAUAUGUCCAAUCAAGACGUGAUUAAAGCCAUCGAAGAAGGGUAUCGGCUACCCCCGCCAAUGGACUGCCCCAUGGCUCUCCACCAGCUGAUGCUGGACUGCUGGCAGAAGGAGAGAAGUGACAGGCCAAAAUUUGGGCAGAUUGUCAACAUGUUGGACAAACUCAUCCGCAACCCAAACAGCUUGAAGAGGACAGGGACCGAGAGCUCCAGACCUAACACGGCCUUGUUGGACCCCAGCUCCCCUGAAUUCUCUGCCGUUGUGUCAGUGGGCGACUGGCUCCAGGCAAUUAAAAUGGACCGGUAUAAGGAUAACUUCACUGCUGCUGGUUAUACCACACUAGAGGCUGUGGUGCACAUGAACCAGGAUGACCUGGCAAGAAUUGGUAUCACAGCCAUCACGCACCAGAAUAAGAUUUUGAGCAGCGUUCAAGCAAUGCGAACCCAAAUGCAGCAGAUACAUGGCAGGAUGGUUCCUGUCUGAGCCAGUACUGACUCAACUCAAAACUCUUGAAAUUAGUUUACCUCAUCCAUGCACUUUAAUUGAAGAACUGCACUUUUUUUACUUCGUCUUCGCUCUCUGAAAUUAAAGGAAAAAAAAACACAAAAAAAAUCUGCAGUGUUGCUUGGUGUACAGAUGGCUGAAACUGGGGUUUACAGAAAGGACAACCUAGAACGAAUUGGUUCUCUGAAGUACUUGUGUCCAUCGCGUGUGUAAAAUACAUGUACCUAUAUAAAUAGAACUCUGCCUCUGAGUGUUGAUGCUGUUAUUUGCUACCAGACGUGAGCUUCUUCCAGACAUCCCUGGCCUUCUCUCCAUGUGGAUUUACAACCAUUGUACUUUGUGGCGUAAAAAUUGCAGUCAUCACCCUUCCCUGGUCUGGGGACCAUGCCCAGGAACAUUUUUGAAGACUCACUUGUAGCCAUGAGGGCUUGGUUCAUACUUUGUUGGAAUACCUUCCAUGAGAUAACCACGCAACUCCAUCCACAUGGCCUCUUCCGUGGCUAGGGCACUUGGUGGAUUCCUAGGACCUGAGGAGCUAGAAAGUGGAUUAAAAAUGCAAAAACCCUAACUGGACAAAGGAGGUCUGUUUCUUUGGGCCUGAGGCUGUGCCAUGUAAAGUCUUACUUGGGGACUCUACAAAAAUCACAACUACCUUAUGGAAAAUGGGCUGUGACAAUCUUGGAUGAGGAAUUUUCACUCCUCUCUUCUUUAAAGAAGUAACCUCACAUCAAUGAGGGAGUUUAGAUUCGCUAUCUCAGCCUCUCACCUCUUCCUGUCAAUACAGAGCCCUUAGGAGAAAACACCAUACACUCCUCAGUUCCUUCCAAGUAUUCUUUCUUCUACAUUGAAUGUGCCAGUUCUGGGGCAAAAACACUGACAGAACAACACUGGUACCUGCAAAGAACAGGCAUAAGAGUCUCAAACCCCUGUCCCCACCGAAACCAGCAGCGUCGAGGGUCAGCGUCUGUUCUCCGGCUGCACUGAGGAAUGUACUGUCUUGUGGCACCAGCUCUGCAGAGCCCUUGCUCCCAAACUCCUUGUGGUUUUAUUUAUAUGUAUUUCCAUAUUCCAUUCCUGUACGUACGUCACUGCUGCGCAGGUGUGGCAGCAAGUGACCGAAGGCUACAGGUUUAACCAUGGACACCAGGUUAGGUGCCACCACACAGAACAAAGCCAGUUCCCAUGAGCUGCCUAUGAUAUGCAUUGCUGACGUAACAUUUUACCCAGGGUGUGCCAUUGCAGUGAUAUAAAUAUAUUUUUUUCCUAGACUAAAUAUGAGCUGACUAUCUCUUUUGAUGUAUGUACAUAGGUGUGGAUGUGUGUUUGUGUAUGAGGGUGUGUGUGUGAGUGUGUGUGAGUGUGUAACCUCAUGCUUAGAACUGCCUGUGAAUGUUGUGGAAUGCUACACCUGGAGAGUUCUGGUUUUCCAAGAUAAAGAACCAUAAGACAUACUGGGCCCGGAGACCCUGCCCACCCCAUUGGCAACACAAGCUGGAAAUGCUAAAUGUCCUGUAUCUAUAAAGGUAUUUUGUAGCUGUCACACUAACCUUAAGAAAGAAUUCUACAGAUCUGACCAGAGAGCUUUUCUCCUUGAUGAUGGAAUAAUUUUAGAAUAUAAAUCCCAUUCAAGUGACAGCUCAUCGUCAAAGUCACAAAUUCUGAUUGGACUCGCCUGACUCACCAGUUCCUUGCUGGAGUAAGAGAGAGAGAGAGAGAGAGAGAGAGAAGGGGAUGGAAUCCGUCUGCUAACCCCAAAUGGAGUACAAGUAGCCUUUGUUUCCCUGCAUAAAUGGACUUGUUGAAUGCAAACAAAUAUAUGCAAUUCAUAUACUUUUGGAGAUGAACGUAGAUAUGUGUGUCAGCUUUGAGAUGAUGUGUCUGGAUUAAUACUUUGUCUCCCAAUGUCACAGAAAAAUACAUGCCAGUGACUCUUGAGGUUAAAAAUAGUUGGGAAAAAAUGGCCUCAAGCAAUUUCAGGUUCCCCAAUUACAUAGAAAGUUCUACAGUGGUGAAUAUGCAGCUAAAUCCUCUUGCCCUCAAAAGGAUACCAGCCCUGGAGAAUUUGAGUUCUGGUGUGUGAAGAGUUCAGUAUUGCUAUAAUGUAUAUACCAAACUCCAGCCAACGUACUGCCAUUUUACACAAUUUGAGUGGCUGCCUUGCUUAUUCUAAGCUGUGGUUACAGAAACUGUGGCCAUUUACAUAAGAUAUAACAUCAAAUCGGGGGUGGGGGAGGAUGGGGAAAAAAGAUUCUGAACCACAUAUGGUUAAAUAAGUAGAGAAAAAUCAUCAAUAAAUAUUUAUUGCAUUCUAACAGGGUGUGUGGCAUUGUAUUCUUGUAACUAUGCCAGAGUGACAAAGUUAAUUCACCCCUUUGGGGGGACCUUAAUAUAUUUUUAAAGGGAUGUGCCUAUGCAUUGAUGCCUGAAAAUAUGUAUAAAGAAAUGAGGUCGAAUCUCUGAGUGGAUCAUCUUAACCAGAGAUAAGAGUAGGAGGGAACUUCCAGGUCUGAGCAAACACUGGCCUAAGUGAGCUUGAAUGCUAUAUCAUGCUCAGCUCUACCAAGCGUCAUGAAGCUGUUCCCCUGCACUAAAAUCAAGUAGCUUCACCAUAUAGCUGCAGGCUCCAAGUGAUUAUUAUUAUUUUUUUUUUUAGCAAUCUUGUAAGUGAGAUGUUCUGGUGCGUUUAAGAAAAAGGUUACUUUAAAAGAAAGAUGAUGCUCACUGUACUGCUGGUGUGUGUGUUCUGAGACCUCUUGUAUUCAUCUGUGAAGGAUAUGUGUAUUAAUCCAUACACUUGUAUAGCCUCAAUAUUUGUGAAAAGACACUUAAAUUCCGACCAGUAAAGGAAAGUUCUAGAAGCAAUAUUUUCACUUGACAUUGUCCAAAUAACAUCAAGCAUUGAUACACACUGAAGAGUGCAUUUAUUUUUUGUAUCACUCCAAGUAUGUUGGAAUAUGCAAGGACUGUGGUUAAAAUUAGAAUGUAUAAGGGAUAUUAUAAUUUAGUUCAUGCUGGAAAAGAAAUUAACAGGACAUUGCUUGGUUUGUAUGUGUUCCAAAAUUUGAGCGAUCUUUUUGAGUUAGGAAUAGCUUUUUUCUAUUUUGUUUUUAAUUUGUCAAGCUAUUUUUCUUCCCUUCAUGAACUUUAGGUACACAUAACUUAUGUCAUUUAUUUAUGGUCUUUUAUACCUAGUUUGUAAAAUUGUAAAAUAGCAAACUAAAAUGCACAGAGUUUGCAUUUGAAAAUAAUAAAGUAGUUGCCGGAUACAAACCUG